AUGGCGGUGCAGGCGGCGCUCCUCAGCACGCACCCCUUCGUGCCCUUCGGAUUCGGGGGCUCCCCGGACGGGCUCGGGGGCGCCUUCGGAGCCCUCGACAAGGGCUGCUGUUUCGAGGACGAUGAGACUGGGGCGCCGGCGGGCGCGCUGCUGUCGGGAGCCGAGGGCGGGGACGUGCGAGAGGCCACACGCGACCUGCUCAGCUUCAUCGACUCGGCGUCCAGCAACAUCAAACUGGCGCUCGACAAGCCGGGCAAGUCCAAGCGGAAGGUGAACCAUCGCAAGUACCUGCAGAAGCAGAUCAAGCGCUGCAGCGGCCUCAUGGGCGCCGCGCCCCCGGGCCCGCCCUCCCCGAGCGCGGCCGACACACCCGCCAAACGGCCGCCUGGCGCUCCGACUGUCGCGGCUCUGGCCCACGGCAAGGCCGCCCCGCGGCGAGAGGCGUCACAGGCCGCGGCUGCCGCCAGCCUGCAGAGCCGGAGUCUGGCCGCGCUUUUCGACUCGCUGCGCCACGUCCCCGGGGCCGCGGAGCCGGCGGGAAGCGCGGUGGCUUCGCCGGCGGCUGGGCUCAGUGGAGCGGGCGCAGUGGGCGCCGGGGAGGACGCGACCGGCCCCGUGGGGGGCACAGUGGCCCCGGGCGCCAGGAAAGUCCCACUGCGGGCCCGCAACCUCCCCCCGUCUUUCUUCACGGAGCCGUCCCGGGCAGGUGGCGGCGGGUGCGGCUCGUUGGCGCCAGGUGUGAGCUUGGGCGACCUAGAGAAAGGGGCAGAGGCCGCGGAGUUCUUCGAGUUGCUGGGGCCAGACUACGGCAGCGCCGGCACAGAAGCGGGCGUGCUGCUCGCCGCCGAGCCACUCGACGUGUUCCCCGGUGGAGGAGCAGUGCUGCGGGCGACCCCAGAGCUGGAGCCCGGCCUCUUCGAGCCUCCGCCCGCGAUGGUGGGGAGCCUACUGUACUCCGAGACUUGGAGCGCCCCGGGCUGUCCCCAGAGCAAGAAGCCGGCCCUGGCUGCCCCCCGUGGCGGCUUGACCUUGAACGAGCCCUUGCGUCUCCUGUACCCCGCCGCCGCGGACUCUCCCGGCGGGGAGGACGGGCCGGGCCAUUUGGCCUCUUUCGCCCCCUUCUUCCCGGACUGUGCCCUGCCUCCGCCGCCGCCGUCUCACCAAGUGUCCUACGAUUACAGCGCGGGCUAUGGCCGCUCGACCUACUCCAGCCUCUGGAGGCCCGACGGCGUGUGGGAAGGGGCGCCCGGGGAGGAGGGGGCGCGCCGGGACUGACUGCGGGGCGCCCUUCCCUCCCGCUAGCACCGCGGUGUGCAGCGCGGGCCUGGUGGGGCUCUCCGCAGCCCAAAGAACGACGGGAAAUGAACAUGGAAAGGAUAUUCAGUUAAUAAAAGAAACUUACGAAAAAUGAGAUUCAGAGGAGUUGGGAGUUUUAAUCUCAGCCUCCAGCUAUUUUUAUUUGUUUUUCUCUUAAAGUCGUCCGUAGCUUCUUACUGGACCCGACGGGAUAAAAAAUACCAAGACAGGGUUUAGGGUGGCUUCAACAACUUUUCAGCAAAGGCCCAUGUAUUUAGUAUACGUACCCCUUAUAAAUGUUGACCCGGGCCCUCCUGAUCUUUCUCCCCGAG